GCCACCAGCUUCGAUAGCAAGCCAGGCCCCGCCUGACAGCGGCACCGCCAGCGAGUGCGACCGCAGCCUCGCCCAGAAUGCCGAGUGCGCCAGUUAUUCCUACACCUGCACUGCCUGCCCCACUUCGAGCGCGAAGCUGACGGCCGCAGCCGCAGCACAGCCCGCCACGCCGAGCGCGAACGG